AUGGCGAAACGACUACCAAAAACCACUCACGUUCAAUAUGAGGAGCUGCUUCAAUUCAUUAAAAAUAAUAGAAUAAUUUUAUCUGGGAAAACCAAACCUCUGGAAGGAAAAAAAAUUAACAUUUUAUGGGAACAGUUUGCUGCCGAAAUAAACAGCAAAGGUUGCGGACCCUUAAAAACUGCUGAACAGUGGAGAAAUAUUUGGAACGAAUGGAAGACUAAUACAAAACGUAAAAGUAGAGCCAUUCAACAGUCCCUAAUAGGAACAGGUGGCGGUCCUCCAACUUCGAAAGCCCUUACGGAUUUGGAGAGACAAUUGUUAGAGCUCAUAUCCUUUAUUCAUUUAGGCGAUCCUGAUGUGAUGGACACCUUGACUAUAAAGAAAUCUUCAGAGGAACCAAUAUCGGUGUUGGGGAUAUAUGAAAAUGUUACCCCAAUAGCAAACCAAGUCGAUGAAGAUCUUGUAACAUUGCAUGAAACUGAAACACCCAAAAAAAAUGUAGAAAAUAUCAAUGGUCUAGAACCUUUGCAACAUGAGAAUCAACCAGUAAUAGACACGAUCUUGGAAACGCCAAGAAAAAAAAAGAAAAUAAAUACUCAGGACACAAGAUAUUCAAAUAGUAUUCUAUCAAAUGCAUGUGAGAGUUAUGCCGAGGCACAAAAAAACACCUUGGAGUCAAAAAAAUUGGAAGCUUCAGGGUUAAUUCAAAUAAGCAAAGCUUUGGAAAAAAAUGCCGCUGCCUUAGAAGAAAAAAAUAGAAUAGAGUUGAUGAAACUAAAAUUGGAAUAUCUUAAACAUUUUACAAAUUUGGAUAAUUUUUCAGAACUUGAAAAUUAG